AUGGGUGGGUUGACUGUGAGACAGGCUGUUUGGCUGCUUGUGGCUGCCGUGUUUGGGAUAAACCACUUUGCAGAGGGGGGUUGCUCAGGGAAGUGCUGCCAAGGCAAUGAUCUCACCUGCUCAUCACUGGACUGGAGGAGUGAUCAUGUUUAUGGGACGUGUUACUGUGAUGAGAAUUGCGUGAGGGCUAAGGACUGCUGCUUUGACUACCCAGCUGAAUGCACUGCCCAGCCAUGCGUGGUCAGCCAGUGGACUCCCUGGAGUGGCUGUUUGCAGCUGUGUCAGCCCUUCUACCGCAUUCGUAGUCGCAGCGUGGAGAGGACGGCGCAGAACAGUGGGCAGCCGUGCCCAGCACUGGAGCAGAGGGCAGGCUGUAUGGAGUACCAUGACUGGCAGGGCCAACCCUGUGCUCACACGCAAGGUCCAGCACUGAUUACAGCACUGGAGUUCAGUAAAGGCAGAGCAGUAUACGGCUCACACGGAACUCAACUGGUCUUAGGGUUUUGUGUAGAGUUUAAGGUGGAGUCCUUGACUGCACAGUGUAUGGUGGAGAACAAGCCCCAUAUGCGUUGGAUGCAGUACAUCAGAGAGGGCUUCAUCGUAUGUGUAGCCUGCCAGCCUCCAGCCAUGAGUAAUCACAGCCACGGUUGCCAAGGAGAUGGAGGCUCUGCAGACAGGGCUGAGGUCAUGUGGUGGCAGGCAGUGGACAGGCCCCAGUGCAGAGGCACAUGGAAGAGGGUGAAGAGGCUGACACUCUGCUCCUGCCCACUCGUACACAGCUUCAUCUUCAUUUAAACCAGACUGUAUAUACUAUCUAUGACUUGAACAGAUACACAUUAAAACACCCAUAGAGAGAGACUGAGAUGCUUUUCAGAAAAUUUAAAUUUUACUUGUGUAAUAAAUUUUCACUCAUUUUUGUUUGCCAUCAUUUGUUAAUAAUGGCAUUUAAAGUGAAAAGGUUUGUAUUAAAAACUUUCCAAACUGCA